AUGGCUUCCUUCCCCGCGGAGCCCGCGGAGCUGGGCUCGGGGCCGGCCGGGGGGUCGGCGAGGGGCGAGGAGGAGGAGGACGAAGACGAGGAGGACGACGACGAGGAGGACGACGACGACGACGACGAGGAGGAGGAGGAGGAGGAGGAGGACGAGGCGGCGGAGGAGGCGACGGCCCGCCAACUUCUGCAAACUUUGCGAGGGGCGGAGGAGGGGGCGGAGGAGGAGCCGGAGCCGCCCGUGCUGAGCUUCUCGGCCGAGCAGGUGUCGUGCGUGUGCGAGGCGCUGCUGCAGGCGGGCCAGGCGGGCCGGCUGGGCCGCUUCCUCGGGGCGCUGCCGGCCGCCGAGCGGCUCCGUGGCAGCGAGUCGGUGCUGCGGGCCCGGGCGCUGGUGGCCUUCCAGCGGGGCGACUUCGCCGAGCUGUACCGGCUGCUGGAGAGCCGGCCCUUCCCCGCGGCCCACCACGCCUUCCUGCAGGACCUCUACCUGCGCGCCCGCUACCGCGAGGCGGAGCGGGCCCGCGGCCGCGCCCUGGGCGCCGUGGACAAGUACCGGCUGCGCAAGAAGUUCCCGCUGCCCAAGACCAUCUGGGACGGCGAGGAGACGGUGUACUGCUUCAAGGAGCGCUCCCGCGCCGCGCUCAAGGCCUGCUACCGCGGCAACCGCUACCCGGCCCCCGACGAGAAGCGCCGCCUCGCCGCCCUCACCGGCCUGUCGCUCACGCAGGUCAGCAACUGGUUCAAGAACCGCAGGCAGCGCGACCGCACCGGGGCCGGCGCGGGCACCGGCGGGGCCGCCACCGCCAAGAGCGAGUCGGACGGGAACCCCAGCACGGAGGACGAAUCCAGCCACAGCGCCGAGGACCUGGAGGGGGCUGCCGGGGUCCCCGGGGUGACCGUGGCCCCCGAGGGCCCCGUGGGCUCCGUGUUCCUGCCCGCGGCGCCCGGCGGGACCCCCGGCCCAGCGCCGGUUCUGCUCAACGGAAACUUCCUGGCGGGCAGCCCCCCGGCCGUGCUGCUCAACGGGGGCUCGGUCAUCAUCAACGGACUGGCGCUGGGGGAUGGACCCACCCUCGCCCCGGCCCUCGCCCCGCUCCUCCUCAACGGCGCCGCCCCGCAGCCCCCAGACGCCGGCCCGGGGAAGGCCCAGGAGGCCCGGUUGGCCGAGGGGCCCGGGCCGCUGCCCGGCACGGCCGAAGAGAAGCCCCCGCCGCCUCCGGGCCCGGCGGUCUCCCUGCCCCAGGUGGUGCCCGGGUCUCAGGCCCCCGCCGCCCUGCAGCUCUCCCCUGCGGUGCCCGCCGUGCAGCCCGCCACCCUCCCCACCUCGCAGGUGGUGCCCGCCUCCCAGCCCGGCUCCGCCCCGCCUGUGCUGUCCCCGGCCCAAAUGGUGCCCCUGUCCCCGUCGCCCGUCUACUCCGUGCCCGCCGGCCCCGCGCCCCAGCUCCUGUCGCUGCCCCAGGUGGUGCCCUCCCCACAGGUGGUGGCCCUGCCACAGGGCGUCGGGCCCCUGCAGCUCCUGGCGGGGGGCGGCAGCCCCGUCAAGGUGGCCGCGGCGGGCUCGCCCCUCGGCUCGGGCAACGUCCACCUCAUCAACACCGGCGUCGGCGUGACGGCUCUGCAGCUGCCCACUGCAGCUCCGGGCAACUUCUUGCUGACGAACCCCGUCCCCGGCGGCCCCAUCCUGACGGGCAUGAGCCUGCAGCAGGGCAAACUCGUCCUCACGGCCACCUUCCCCGCCAGCAUGCUGGUUUCCCCCGUCCUGGCCGCUGCAGCCCCCACCGGCCUGGCCCUGCCCGUCAAGCAAGAGCAGGGCCCCGGGCCCGCCCCGGCCGAGCCCCCCCCCCCCCCCGGGGGCCUGCUGCCCGGCUUGGCCGCGGCCCCGGCCGAGGGGCUGGCGCUGGCGGUCACGCCCGCGUGGGGGGCCGGGGUGCUGGAGCUGGGGGGUGGGGUUCCGGUGGGGGGGCUGUUCGAGAUGGACAAGGAGCUCCCGGCCGCGGCCCCCCACGCCUUGCUGCGGCUGCCCGAUGCCGAGGGCCUGCUGCUGGAGCCCGGUGAGCUGGGGCCCGAGGGCAAAGUGCUGACCCAGCUGCAGUCGGUGCCCGUGGAGGAGCCCCUGGAACUAUGGGAAUCCGGUCUGUUCCCCGGCUGCCAAAUACCGGCCCUGCCCGAGGCCCAGGACCGAGAACUCUGCGGGCUGGAUUUGCAGCCCGCCGAGGCCAGGGUCCCCGCUUGCCACGAGCAGGAGCGGGGCCCGGGCUGGGAGCGGAGCACCAUGCCCCGCUAG